AUGGCUACUGCUGUUAAGUUCAUGCCCACGCUGGGCAGAACCAUCCACAGGAGGUCGCUCUAUCUCUUCUCCGCUGCUGCUGCUGCUGCUGCCACGGCUACCUUCGCUUACUCACAGUCCCGUAAGAGAUCAUCGUCUCAUGGGAGCAACGGCAAUGGUAGCGGCAACUGGGGCCGCUCCACUGCUGCUGCGAUGGCCUCCGCUGCUCCGCUGGUCCAUGUGGCCACGCCAGAGAAAGACAGGUCGUACGAGGACUUCCAGAAGGUCUACAACGCCAUUGCGCUCAAGUUGAGGGACGAUGACGAGUACGAUAACUAUAUUGGCUACGGUCCCGUGCUGGUGCGUCUCGCCUGGCACACGUCCGGGACUUGGGACAAGCACGACAACACAGGUGGCUCGUUCGGCGGGACGUACCGGUUCAAGAAGGAGUUUAACGACCCGUCCAAUGCCGGCCUGCAGAACGGCUUCAACUUCCUGGAGCCCAUCCAUAAGGAGUUCCCAUGGAUCUCGUCAGGUGACUUGUUCAGUCUGGGYGGUGUCACCGCGGUGCAGGAGCUGCAGGGCCCCAAGGUUCCCUGGAGGUGCGGCAGGGUCGACAGCCCAGAGAAUACCACUCCGGAUAACGGCAGACUGCCCGAUGCUGACCAGGGCGCUGACUACGUCAGGACGUUCUUCCAGAGAUUGAACCUCAAUGAUAGAGAGGUCGUGGCCCUCAUGGGGGCGCACGCUCUGGGAAAGACUCACCUGAAGAACUCCGGGUACGAAGGACCCUGGGGGGCGGCUAACAACGUUUUCACCAACGAGUUCUACUUAAACUUGCUGAACGAGGACUGGAAGCUGGAAAAGAAUGAGGCGAACAACAAACAAUGGGACUCCAAGAGUGGAUACAUGAUGCUGCCCACCGAUUACGCGCUGGUCCAGGACCCAAAGUACCGGAAGAUCGUGAAGGAGUAUGCUGAUGACCAGGACAAGUUCUUCAAGGACUUCUCUAAGGUUUUCGAGAAGCUGCUGGAAAACGGUAUCGAUUUCCCCAAGGACGCACCUGGGCCCUUUGUCUUCAAAACUCUAGACGAACAAGGAUUAUAG